AUGAUUGAAAAUGAUCUUCCAAUCGAAGUUAUGUAUUUCACUUCGAAAGAUUUAUCAGUCGAUAAUCAAGAACUGAUGAGAAAAUCUUUUCCAAAUGUUUAUUUGACUGAUCUUUCGUUAAGUUAUGCAAAUGAUAGUCAUUUAGAUCUUCAUGGUCGUCAAAUGCAAUCAUUUGCAGUGUUAGCAUGUCGAUUCGAACAAGUUGUAUUGAUGGAUAGUGAUGUGUUAUUUGUGGAAAAACCAUCGAUUCUAUUUGGAAAUGUUAAUUUUGUUCGAAAUGGAUAUUUAUUUUUCUAUGAUCGAUGUGAAGUGUCAAAUGAAACGAAGAGAUGGAUUGAAUCAUUUUCAACAAAAAAGAAUCAAUCAAUGAUUCCUGAACGAAGACAAGAAUCGAGUGUUAUUGUAAUUGACAAAUAUCGUGUUCUGAAAGGUAUUUUGAGCACAUGUAAACUAAAUGAUCAUCAAGGACAAGAACAACGAGAUGCAUACAAAUAUUUAUAUAAUGAUCGAGAUACAUGGUGGUUAGGUUUUUCAAUAGUUGAAAUAUCAUCGAGUUUUAUGUCAUCACUGACAGGUGUCAUUGGAAAAAUUGAUGAUGAAAAUAAAGAACGAGUGUUUGGAAAUGUGUUACAUUUUGAUGAAUAUUAUGAACCAAUCUGGUGGAAUGGUGGAAUGUUUCGAAAUGGAGAUGUUAACGAUGAAUUACUAGAAAUGAAUGGAUGGUUAGAAGAAGGACAAUGGAGUAUUGGAAAAUAUUCAUCUAUAUUUUAUCGUGGAAAACGAGCACAUGAACUGAAUGAAACACAGAAAAAGCUGAUAAAUAGUUAUAGAAGAAUAACUAAACAAGUAUUCAAUAUCAAACCAUAA